CCCCGGGAAAGGGAUUCAGAUUAAGCAAUUAAACAAUAUGGCUUUGAGUUAUUUGGUGUGGAUGUUGCUGCUGAGCCUAGUUGGUGGUUUGGGUGUGGAGGGCGUAGGCCUGGCUUGCAACUGGGGCACAAUUUCAACUCAUCCCCUCCCACCUGACAUAACGGUGAAGCUAUUAAAGGACAACGGAUUCAAUAAAGUGAAGCUAUUUGAAGCCCAGCCUGGCGUGCUCAGGGCACUGGGGAAUUCUGGUAUCCAGGUCAUGCUCGGCAUACCCAAUGACUUCUUAGCACCUCUGGCAAGCAGCGUCGGAUUUGCGGUCAAAUGGGUGGCACAAAAUGUCUCUACCUAUGUAUCAAAAUAUGGGGUUGAUAUAAGGUAUGUAGCUGUGGGUAAUGAGCCUUUCCUUAAGACCUACAAAGAUUCUUUCCUGCAAACAACAUUUCCAGCGCUUAAAAAUAUUCAGGCAGCGCUGAUCAAAGCUGGGUUGGGGGAAAAAGUGAGGGUCACAGUCCCGCUCAACGCAGACGUCUACCAGACUGACAGUGGUCUGCCCUCUGGUGGUGACUUCCGGUCCGACAUCCACACUCUCAUGAUCUCCAUCAUCAAAUUCCUCAGUGACAAUGAUGGUCCCCUCACCAUCAACAUCUACCCCUUCCUCAGCCUGUAUGCAGACCCCCAUUUCCCGGUUGACUAUGCCUUCUUCUCUGGCAAUUCUACCCCAAUAGUUGAUGGUUCCAUCAGUUACACCAACGUUUUCGAAGCCAACUACGACACCCUCAUCUGGGCUCUUGAGAAAAAUGGUUUCCCCUCCAUCCCGGUCAUUAUUGGGGAAGUCGGAUGGCCUACUGAUGGUGAUUCCAGCGCCAACCUGCAGUAUGCCAAGAAGUUCAAUCAAGGCCUUGUCAACCGGAUCCUGAGAGGACAAGGCACUCCCAAACGCUCCAACGCACCUGACAUUUACCUAUUUGGACUCCUUGAUGAAGAUGCCAAGAGCAUCCAACCAGGGAACUUUGAGCGGCACUGGGGUAUUUUUUACUUCGAUGGAACCGUUAAGUAUUCACUGGAUCUGGGGAAAAACAAGACUCUGGUCCCUGCAAAGGGUGUCCGCUAUUUGGAGAGGCGAUGGUGCGUAAUGGCGCCUGAAGCAAACAUUGCAGAUCCCAACUUGACAGAAAGCAUCAACUAUGCUUGCACUUACGCCGACUGCACAAGUCUUGGAUAUGGGUCCUCUUGCAGUAGGCUGGACACGAGGAGCAAUGCUUCCUACGCUUUCAACAUGUACUAUCAGACCAUGAAUCACCAGAAAGACUCCUGCAAAUUCUCUAACUUAUCAGUCAUCACAUCCAUAAAUCCCUCUCAAGGUACCUGCCGAUUUGAGGUCAUGAUCGAUGUCGGAAAGCAUGACACCAGGGCUACAUCUUCAUCAGCUGGGGGACUGCAGAAUCUAGCCAUCAGGGUCAUUUUUGUUUUAAUAUUAAUCAUUUAUGGUGGCGUUUGCUGAGUUUCAACAAUGUGCUCAUGGACCCGGUUAUACUUCUUGAUAUAUUUAUUUAUUCUUCAAAUAAUGUUGGUUUCGGGUCGAUUUUAAUUACUUGAUUUCUCAAAUAUAUAUGGAUGUUGUUAAUGUUUCUGUUUUUAUUUUUGUACUUCCUUGGUUAUUGGUUA